CCCUUUUGCCCUCCGCUUGCUGCGGGGGAAGAAGCGUGAACUUGAACGCAGCCUUCAGAGCUCAGUGCGUGUCUAGGUCAGUCGCAUCAGUUCGUCCCCGCAGCCCGGUUUUCGGUCAAACUUUUAUCGAAGGAGACGGAUUUCUUUUGGUUUUUUUGGAGGGUGUUUUGUUGUUUGGGACCCAGAGAAGGUGCCAAACGCUCGACGCGAUGUCCAGGCGCAAAGUUGGAAGCAGACCGCAGCACCUGAGUGCAAUCCAAGAUGACACUGACAUGGCCAAUGGCCCCACUUCGUCAGACAACCGGCCUCCUCCCCCUGCUCCACAGGUCCGAGCUCCUGGCGAGGGACGCGACCUCUUGACCUGCGGCCAGUGCAGCCGGGCCUUCCCCCUGGCCCACAUCCUGGCGUUCAUCCAGCACAAACAGGGGGCUGCCGCUCCCGGAACCAAGCCCCGAACGCCAACGCCACGCCCCCUCGCCUGCCAACCGGGCGCAGCAGCAUGUCGCCGACGCCGAGCUCGGGCCGGCCUUCAUCGAGCUGAGGAGAGGGGGCAGGGCCUGGGGGAGGAGCCCGGUGUGAAGGUGAAGGCGGAGCACGGCAAAGCAGUGACUGAGGAGCCCUCUUACUUCACCUGCCAGCAGUGUGAAGGCCUGUUUCCAUCUGCAUGGGCGCUCUUACAGCACGCUCAGCACACACACUCCUUCAGCAUCUACCAAGAGGACGAGGAGGAAGAUACAGACAUGAGAGGAGGAAGAAGAGGAGGACUGCAAGAGCACAAGCCUGCUACAGCCACUCUGGACCCUCGCCACCUGAGCCAAGCCCUCGCCUCUGCCUUUAAGCCGUCCCCCCUGCGCCUCAGUCGCUCCCGUCAGACACACACAACCUCCACAUCCUCCUCCUCCAGUAACAUGCAAGCUCUGAACUUUUCAGUGCGACUCAGGGAGCUCGCCGAGGGGAAUUAUAACAACACGGGUAGCUCCCCCAGAGGCCUGGUACUGUCUCCGUCCUCUUCUCCGCCAGCAGCUUCUCCCUUUCCUCAGACCAGCGCCCUCCAGUCUGACUUCCACUGCGAGCUGUGUGACCAGAACUUCCAGUCCAUGCACGCCCUGUCCACCCACCGCCGGACACACUCCUGCAACAGGCCCUAUCACUGCGGAGUGUGCGGGCAGGCCUUCGCCCAGAGUGGUCAGCUGGCCCGGCACAUAAGGAACCAUCACAGGGAGGCUGGGGGUGGAGGAAGUGGGUAUGAGUCGGUGGAUAUGGUCGUGAUGGAGGAGGAUGUAGGGAGGCAUGGGAUGAGAGGCAGGUUUCAAAUGCAGCCAGCUGGUAUCAUCAUGGGAAAGGGAAUGGCCGGCGCAGAAGUGAGAGCCCAGGGUCCCUCCGAGUUGGACCUGACGCUGCCCAAACUCCCGUCCAUGGCUUCAGGCCUGAUGCUGCUGACCUCACAGGUCAGACCGCCAGACAGGGAGCUGCUGAGGCUGUACCAGCGCCAGAGAGAGGGGGAGAGGGAGGGGAGGAGGAUGCAGAGGGGCAGAGGGAGCCUCAGCACACAUCACCCUGCGCCAGCCCCUCCGAAGGCUCGCUGGAGAGCGGAGAGACAGGGGGCAGCGGGGAGAGCGGCAUCGCUAGUGGCAACUGCACGCCCAAGCGGCCGGAGAUGGGCGACAGAGUGCAAAGAGUCGGAGAGUGGGAGAACGAGAGAGGGGAGAAUAGAGAGGGAGACGGAGUGGACCUCGGCCAAAGUCAGCGAGGUUGUGCAGGAGUGGCAGAGGGAGAAUGAGCGGAGGACUGUAGUGGGAAGUGUCAGCAGCGGAGGAAACAACAACAGUGCUACUGUCGGUUCAGCUGGUAAGAAGAAGAAAGACGAGGCCUGCGAGUACUGCGGUAAACAGUUCAGAAACAGCAGCAACCUGACUGUACACCGCCGCAGCCACACAGGUGAACGGCCAUACCGUUGCGGCCUCUGCAACUACGCCUGCGCUCAGAGCUCAAAAUUAACGCGCCACAUGAAGACACACGGCGCGCAGGGAGCCAAGGCUUCCUUUCUGUGUCAGCUGUGCUCGGUACCCUUCACCGUUUACGCAACUCUGGAAAAACACCUGAAGAAGGUCCACGGCCUGAGCCACGCCAGCGUGGGGGCGUACGCACAGGCCAGUGCUGCAGACACUCUGGCUGCCAUAAAAGCUGAAGGAGAAGUGGUGGUGGUGAAAAUGGAGGAGGAUGAAGCCAGUUUGGAUCAGAUAGAAAUGGAGAGAAAAAUUCUGAGUGAUGUGGUGAAAAGCAUGGAGGUGGAAGAGGGACAAGACCAUGCAGAGUAUGUGGAGAAUGGUCCGGCCAUAGUGGAUGAUCUCCCACCUGAGAGCAACACAGAGUUGAACUUAGCUUUGACUUCUGUGCCAUGAAAGCUCUUCUCAUUCACUUAUUGACAUUAAAAUAGCUCUGUAUAGGAUUUAAAUCGCCCAUUCAAAUAAAAAUUAUUUGUCCCAUCAUAGAACAGAAAGUCGAGAUGAACUGGAAUCUAGUUUAAAGAAGCAGCAGCACACCCGUCCCCUCUACCAGCGCCGAGGCACACAGCACCCACGUUGUUCAUGACUGUAUGCAAAGCUGCUGGUUGAAACUUAAGUGCCUACAGUUCUUUAGACCACAGAGCAGAAAACAAGGCCAUGACAUUCAGUAGGGAGAUUACCAGAGCUCUUGAACAGGAAGUGAACCGCCACAGUCCACACAGACACAGGAAACUGAUCACCAUGUUGCAGUGCAGGAUGCAAAAGACUAGCGAUUAAUCUCUCUGACUGCCGACUGGACAGGUGGAGACAGAUAUUAACUGUCAGAUAAUAUAGUAAAGGGGAUUCUAUUGAAUUAAAAAGUCUAGCAAUAGAACUAUGUUAAUAUAUCUUCAGCAUCAGCAGACAGAGAAAGGUCAUAUUGUGUGUUUUCUUGCUGUUGCUGGUUUUCUUUUGAGAACACCUUUUAAAGACUAGAAAUGUUUGAACAGACACAAGGGUGAAAUGAAUCCAAACACUGUCCGCCUGCAGUUUCUCAGACUCCUCUUUUUAAAGGCGCUCGGUUGUCACAACACUUGUCACUUAUGUAAUGUUUACAGGGCUCCAGGAGCCUGGCAAGGUUGUGCUCCUGACUCUGUGACAGUAUGUAUGGAUGAUUUUCUGUUUUGCUAAUUUUAUAAAUGUGAAUAAGGAGACUUUAAAGUCUCAUCUACUGAUGUUUAUUUUCUUCAUGAUUCGUUUCUAUGCAUAAAAAAAAAACUGCAAUUUUACCUACAUGUGAAACGGGUGUGUAUUAUUUUUCUGUACUUGUAUCUGUUAUUGUGAUGGUGAUUUCUCUCUUUCAUUGUUUACAUUCGUAAAGUGCCGGACUGUUUGAAGCUUGUGCAUGUUCUGCAGCAAUUAGAAACUGUUCUUUUUUUUUUUUUUUUUUUUUUUUUUAGUUGCCUGUGUUUGAAUUAUUCCUAAUUUAUAGAUGCUGCAUGUUGGGAAUUGUGUAACUGCUGAACUACAGGGUUGAGAGGUGCUGGAGUAGCUAGUUGAUUGGUGGAGUUUUACGGGAAGCACUUGGGUGAGUUUGCGUGAAUGUCUGUGUUUGUUUGUGUGUAAAUAUUGGGGGGG